AUGGCGAACAAGAAGGAGGCCGUCAGCAAUGCCAUGCAGGAAGCCCGCCGUGAAAGAACCAGCAAGGCUGUUGCAGCAGAAGUUCCUUUCAACCUGGAUUCUGUUCUGGCCAUGCUUCAUCAGCAUGGUGCGGUGGGAGCAGGUGAGGCUUCAAGCCGGGCAGCUGGAAGAGAGACUGGUGCCACCGGAAAUCCUCAAGAGCAACCGGCGGACCCUUCAGACAACGUAGAGGAUGAAGGCUUUGGAGAUGAAGAUGAGGGAGUUGCGUCUCGUUUGGCUAGUUUAGGAGGUAAGAAGAUGGCUUCUUUGGCCAAGACUGGAAGUAGGGCAGUGGCAAAGCCAGCCGCCAAGGUAGUGGCGAAGGCAGUUCCCAAGACAACCCAGGCAGUGCCGAAGACAACUCCAGCAGUUCCUGCGGGCACAGUGCAGCCAGCAGCGCCUGUGCCAAAACCAAGUCCAUCAGCCAAGCCUUCUAACCAAGAAAGACGCGCCUGCUGGCCAUCGAGAGUAUGUUUGCGAUGGCAAUUUGACUCACGCUUGGGUCUUCUGUGA